AUGAUUCUGCGCGUCAACUUCUUCUCGCCCUUCUUCACCGACCUGUACUGCGGCGUGCUUGACGCGGAGCGCGUGGGGCUCGUCACGUCCGUGGAGCGCAUCAUGGAGCACGUGUUCAUGGAGGCGCUGGCACACCCGGCGGCCGACAUCGAGGAGGACGACAGCAACUGCCCCAUGGUGAAGAACCUGCUGCUGCCCGGGCUGCGCUCCUUCUGCAGCGCGCUCCGCGUCUGCGAGGAGGUGUGCGACGAGCCCAACAUCUUCGACGACGAGAAGACCCUGGUGGCGAACGUGCCGAGCAUGGCGGAGGCGGUGGACAUCGCGAGCCGGCCCGAGGACGUCGCCGUCCUGGAGGAGCGCGUCAAGGAGUGGAUAAAGCGCGUGCAAGAGCAAGUCCUCAUGGAGAGUGAGCAGCUGCGGCGGGAGAACGACUCCAGCGGGCCGCAGGACGAGCUGGAGUACUGGAAGAAGCGCGGCGCGCAGUUCUCGCAAAUAGUCUCGCAGCUGCAGAGCCCCGAGGUGCAAAUGACGCUGCAGUGCCUGCAGCUGUCGCGGUCCAAGCUGAUGAAGCUGUGGAAGGAGACGGACCGCAAGAUCACCUUCUGCUACAACGAGGCUCGCGACAACGCCAAGUUCAUCCAGGCGAUGGAGAAGUGCUGCCACUCGCUGUACCUGCACGACCCCGUCCGCAUGAAGGAGUCCAUCCUCAGCCUGCUGCAGACCGUGCGCCUCAUCCACAGCGUGUCCCAGUUCUACAACACGUCUGAGCGCACGUCUUCUCUCAUGGUCAAGAUCACGAACCAGAUGAUCGAGACCUGCAAGCAGUACGUGACGUGCCGCGGCCAGGAGUCCAUCUGGUCGCAGGACCGGCGGGAGGUGCGCCAGAAGCUGCAGCAGUGCAUCCAGCUCAACCGGACGUACCGCAAGACGUACCAGAUCGUCAAGAGCCAGCCCUUCCUGCCCAACCAGACGUCCUUCAACUUCUCAGAGAACUACGUCUUCGGCAAGUUCGACACGUUCUGCGACCGCCUGGCCAAGAUCAUCUGCAUGUUCGACCUGGUCGACGACUACAACAGCCUCUUCGAGCGCAGGAUGGAAGGGCUGCUUCUCGGCGAAGCUCUGGACGACGCCAUGAAGACGUUCAACGAGGCCAAGGCCGGCGUGACGGGCAAGCAGUACGACUACCUGGACCAGCGCAACUCAGAGUUCGACGACGACUUCAAGCACUUCAUCACCAAGGCCAACGACCUCAAGAGCAACAUCGCGGCCAUCAUCGAGCAGAACUUCGCGAGCGUGUGGGAGACGCCGCAGGGCAUCCGCUUCCUCGUCCGCUUCGAGAAGGUGAGCACCAAGAUCCCGCUGGCGCGCAUGGACGAGAAGUACUCGCGCGUGCUGCAGUACUGCGAGAAGGAGGUGGAGCACAUCCUGCGCCUCUUCCGCCGCCAGAAGGACGACCCGCCGCUGCCCAGGAACUUCCCCCCUAUAGCAGGCCGCAUCAAGUGGUCGCGCUCGCUCAACAGCCACCUGGAGGAGCUGGUGCAGGGCGUGUCCGCGCACCCGGUGCUCAAGACGCUGCACGCGACGGCCGAGCUGAUCCGCAAGUACAACCACGUGUCCAACACGCUCAACAACUACGAGGCGGAGAUGAUCAACGCCUGGCUGCACCACAACGUGUGGGUGACGGACGAGUGCCUGACGCGCCGCCUGCUCUCGCUGGAGACGGAGAACAGCGGCAAGCUGACGGUCAACCUGGACCAGCGCGUCCCGCUGCUGAUCCGCGAGGCGGCCUGCCUGGCCAAGCUGGGCAUCGCCAUGCCCGUGGUGACGAGCGCGCUGCUCUCCAAGCGGCACUACUUCGUGCUCGUCAAGGACUCGCUGCAGUUCCUGGUGCAGCAGUUCCUCCGCACCGUGCAGCGCGUCAAGCUGGAGGUGCGGCCGCUGUUCCUGCCGCAGCUCGUGCGCCUCGUCGCGCUGCUCAACCCGGCGCUGCAGUCGCUCACCUGGACGGACGCGGGCUGGGAGGCGUUCUGCCAGCACACCACGGCCGCCAUUCAGAAGUUCGACGUGCUCGUCACCCGCGUGCACGACGUGUACUCGAACCGCAUCCUGCAGGUGCUCACGUCCAUGCAGAAGGUGACGCUGCAGGCGCUCCCGGACUGCGACCCCUGGAGCGUCGAGGAGUUCCUGGAGAAGACGGAGGACACGUGUAGGCAGGCCGCCGUGGAACUGCAUCGUAAAAGCCUGAUGGUGGAGGAGGCCGUCGAGGAGGUCCUGGAGCUAGUGCGGAAGGCGGCGCGGGAGUUCAGGACGGACAACGACGAGUUCGAGUUUAUGAUGGAGGAGCCACCCAACACCGGGCCGAUCAACCCGUCGCCGGCAUCGCUGCAGCAACAGCAACAGCAGGACUGGAGCGUGGUGUGGCAGUGCUUCGACGAGCCCCACAGUCUGCUCGCCAUCAACGGCGGGCUGCCCAAGGGCAUGCAGGACCUGGUGCGCAACGCGGUGGCUGAGAUGCGCCGGUACUAUAGCCGCAAGGUGGUGGACGUGCUCAUCAGGGUGACCCGCCAGUCCGUAGACGCCAUGCGGAAGCGGUUCAACAUGGAAAAGGGCUCUGCGUCCAAGCCCGUGUUCAUGCUGUACGCGACACUCAUGAUCCCCAAGGUGACCAUCAAGCCCAGCAUCGAGGACGUGCAGGAGGCGCUGGUUACGGCGGGGAAGUACAUGACCAACGUGUCCAAAGGGGUGGGCCAGUGGACCGGUGGCAAGGAGAAACAGCGCACCGGGUGGCGGAGGCUGGCGGCCUGCCAGAACAAGAUCGCCGCUGACGUGGUGUCGCGCCUGGAACAGAGCGCGGCGGCCGCCGCCGACAAGGACGAGGACCCGCGCGCGCGACGCCGCCGCCUCUACCGCCUGCUCUCCGAGGAGCGGCCCCGGUUCCCCCAGAUGCCGCGCAACUUCUACUCCCACGUGAUGGAGAACAAGGAGGUCGUCAAGACCCUGUCCCUGCUGUCGACUUGCACGCAAGAGAUCCGCGUGGAGCUGAAGGGUUUCAUCGACCGCUGGGCGCCGUACAAGUUCCUGUGGCGCGGCGCGCAGAACCGCAAGGACAUGCUGAAGCUGGGGCUGACCGACCUGGAAGGGAUGCUACGGCGCCACGGCGAGCUGGAGGCGGACCUGGCCACCGAGCCCGACAUGCACUACUUCGGCUGCCUCGCGAUCAGCACAGAACGCCUGAAGUUCGGGCUGCUGACCGAGGUGAAAUCGUGCACCUACCGCAUCGGCCAGGUGCUCAAGAAGAAGUACCACCGCGAGAUGGACUACGUGUACGCCGUCAUGAACGAGAUGGAGCGCAAACUGGACCGCCAGAUCCGCGACCUGGACGACGUGCGCCUCGUCAUGGAGACGCUCAAGAAGAUCCGGGACCAGGAGGUGGACAUGGAGCUGCGCAUCGACCCCAUCGAGGAGGCCUUCAACGUCAUCACCAGAUACGACCUGCCGGUGGACCGCGAGGACCUGGAGCAGGUGGACAGCCUGCGCUACACCUGGCAGCGGCUGCAGGGCCGCGCCAUGGACGUGACGUGCACCCUCCUCAACAUGCAGCCCACCUUCCAGGACGACCUGCGCCGCAACCUGGAGCGCUUCCGACAGGACAACGUCGAGUACUGCCACGAGUACCGCACCUCGGGCCCCAUGAUGCCGGGGCUCACCCCGCGAGAGGCCUCCGACCGUCUCAUCCUGUUCCAGAACCGGUUCGACGGCAUGUGGCGCAAACUACAGGCUUACCAGAGCGGCGAGGAGCUGUUCGGCCUGGCGAUCACGGACUAUCCGGAGCUAGCUCAGAUCCGAAAGGAGCUCAACCUGCUUCAGAAGCUUUACAAGCUGUACAACGACGUCAUAGAUCGUGUUUCCUCGUACUACGACAUACCGUGGGGAGAGGUCAACAUCGAAGAGAUCAACAACGAACUUAUGGAGUUCCAAAACCGUUGCCGCAAGCUGCCCAAGGGGCUUAAGGAAUGGCCAGCCUUCCACGCCCUGAAGAGAACUAUCGACGACUUCAACGACAUGUGCCCGUUGCUGGAGCUCAUGGCGAACAAGGCCAUGAAGCCCCGUCACUGGCAGAGAAUCAUGGAGGUCACCAGCUACAAUUUCGAGUUGGAGAACGAAAGCUUCUGCCUCAAGGACAUCCUGGAGGCGCCUCUCCUCAAGUACAAGGAGGACAUUGAGGAUAUUUGCAUCUCAGCGAUGAAAGAGAAGGACAUCGAGGCCAAGCUGCGGCAGGUGACCAACGAGUGGUCUGUGCACGAGCUCACGUUUAUGACGUUCAACAACCGCGGGGAGCUGCUGCUCCGGGGCGACACCACGGCCGAGACCAUCGGCCAGCUCGAGGACAGCCUCAUGGUGCUGGGGUCACUGUUGUCCAACCGGUACAACGCGCCGUUCCGGAAGCAGAUCCAGCAGUGGGUCUUUGACCUGUCCAAUACCAACGAGAUCCUGGAGCGGUGGUUGCUCGUGCAGAAUAUGUGGGUGUAUCUGGAGGCCGUCUUCGUGGGCGGUGAUAUCGCGAAGCAGCUUCCUAAGGAGGCAAAGAGGUUCAGCAAAAUAGACAAGUCGUGGCAGAAGAUCAUGCAGCGCGCUCACGAGACCCCCGGCGUGGUGUCGUGCUGCGUGGGCGACGACAUGCUCAAGCAGCUGCUGCCGCACCUGCAGGAGCAGCUGGAGCUGUGCCAGAAGUCGCUCAGCGGCUACCUGGAGAAGAAGCGCAUGAUGUUCCCGCGCUUCUUCUUCGUCUCGGACCCCGCCCUGCUCGAGAUCCUGGGCCAGGCCUCCGACUCGCACACGAUCCAGAACCACCUGCUGUCCAUCUUUGACAACACGCGCUUCGUCAAGUUCCACGACAUCGAGUACAACAAGAUGACGGCCGUCAUCUCCUCGGAGGGCGAGUGCAUCCAGCUGGAGCGCGCGGUGCGCGCCGAGGGCAGCGUGGAGACGUGGCUCACGUGCCUGCUGCAGACCUCGCAGAUGUCGCUGCACUCCAUCAUCAGGCUCGCCUUCACCAUGGUCAACGACCCCAACUUCAACCUGCUCGCCUUCCUCGACAAGAUGCCGGCGCAGGUCGGCAUCCUGGGCAUCCAGAUGAUAUGGACGCGCGAGGCGGAGCUGGCUCUCAUGCAGGCGCGGCAGGACAAGAAGGUGAUGGCGGACACCAACAACCGCUUCCUGGAGCUGCUAAACACCCUCAUCGACCAGACGACGCGCGACCUCACGCGCAUCGAGCGCACCAAGUUCGAGACCCUCAUCACCAUCCACGUGCAUCAGAGGGACAUCUUUGACAUUUUGUGUCGCAUGAACGUCCGACACGCCAACGACUUCGAGUGGCUCAAGCAGUGCCGCUUCUACUUCAAGGAGGACCUGGACAAGACCCUGAUCGCCAUCACGGAUGUGACCUUCAGCUACCAGAAUGAGUACCUGGGCUGCACCGAGCGCCUGGUCAUCACCCCCUUGACCGACAGGUGCUACAUCACCCUGGCGCAGGCGUUGGCCAUGAGCAUGGGCGGCGCGCCGUGCGGCCCCGCGGGCACGGGCAAGACGGAGACGGUCAAGGACAUGGGCAAGACGCUGGCCAAGUAUGUGGUGGUGUUCAACUGCUCCGACCAGAUGGACUACCGCGGGCUGGGCCGUAUCUACAAGGGGCUCGCCCAGUCCGGCUCCUGGGGCUGCUUCGACGAGUUCAACCGCAUCGAGCUGCCCGUCCUGUCGGUGGCGGCGCAGCAGGUGGCCGUCGUGCUCGCCUCCAAGAAGGAGAAGAAGAAGUCGUUCAUCUUUACGGACGGAGACCUCAUCGACCUGAACCCCGAGUUCGGCAUCUUUAUCACGAUGAACCCCGGGUACGCGGGGCGGAAGGAGCUGCCGGAGAAUCUCAAGAUCCAGUUCCGCACCGUGGCCAUGAUGGUGCCCGACCGGCAGAUCAUCAUCCGGGUGAAGCUGGCCUCGUGCGGCUUCCUGGAGAACAUCACGCUGGCGCGCAAGUUCUACACGCUGUACAAGCUGUGCGAGGAGCAGCUCACCAAGCAGGUGCACUACGACUUCGGCCUGAGGAACAUCCUCUCCGUGCUGCGCACGCUGGGUGCAGCCAAGCGGGUCAACAGCAAGGACACGGAGAGCACGAUCGUCAUGAGGGUGCUCCGGGACAUGAACCUGUCCAAGCUCAUAGACGAGGACGAGCCGCUCUUCAUGUCGCUGGUGGCGGACCUGUUCCCGAACCAGGCCCUGGAGAAGACGGCCUACCAGGACCUGGAGGAGGCCAUCGAGAACCAGGUGAACCAGCUGGGCCUCAUCUACCACCCGCCGUGGGUGCUCAAGCUGAUCCAGCUGUACGAGACGCAGCGCGUGCGCCACGGCAUCAUGACGCUGGGCCCGCCGGGCGCCGGCAAGUCCACCUGCAUCCACACGCUCAUGCGCGCGCUCACGGCGCUGGGCGACUCGCACCGCGAGAUGCGCAUGAACCCCAAGGCCAUCACGGCCGCGCAGAUGUUCGGCCGCCUCGACGUGGCCACCAACGACUGGACCGACGGCAUCUUCUCCGCGCUCUGGAGAAAGACGCUCAGGCUCAAGAAAG